AUACAUUUUCUGCCCUGAGAAUAAGGAAGACAGAUAAGGGUGGAAACCGAUUUUGUUUUUUUUCUUCUGUGUGGGGCCAUUGCUCUUCCAUACCUUUGUCUCUAUGUAAAUAAUGUCCGAUAUAUUAGAUCCAGGGUUUCAAGAAACAAAUAUGGAAACAUGUAGUCUACCAGACGAUACAGACAAGAAGAUUGAGACAACACAACUUAUGCCGUCCGCCAUCAAUAAAGAGCUAAUGGAAUCAGAUGAAUUUAUUAGAGACAGAGAUUUGUGCACGAAAUAUUUUGAAAAUUGGUGUGAGGGGCAGCAAGUUGUUUUUGUUGAACAUUUACUAUCUCGCAUGUGCCACUAUCAACAUGGUCAAAUCAAUGCCUUUCUUAAGCCUAUGUUGCAGAGAGAUUUUAUUUCAGCACUGCCAGCUAAAGGACUUGAUCACAUUGCUGAGAAUAUAUUAGCCUAUCUCGACGCCAAAUCACUUUGCGCUGCCGAGUUGGUGUGCAGAGAAUGGUACAGAGUCAUUUCAGAGGGCAAUUUAUGGAAAAAACUAAUAGAACGGAAAGUACGGACAGACAGUCUUUGGAAAGGUCUCUCUGAAAGACGGUUAUGGGACCAAUACCUUUUUAAACAGCGGCAUGGAGAAGCCCCAAAAGAUCACAAGUUUUACAGAUCUCUUUAUCCUCAGAUAAUUAAAGAUAUAGAUAGAAUAGAGGAUAAUUGGCGAACUGGGCGUCAUCAGUUACAAAAAAUUCAUUGUCUCAGUGAAACCAGCAAGGGUGUGUACUGCCUUCAAUAUGAUGAUAACAAAAUUAUCAGUGGUUUGAGAGACAAUACAAUCAAGAUAUGGAAUAGAAACACAUUAGAAUGUAUUCAAGUUCUCACGGGCCACACUGGCUCUGUAUUAUGCCUCCAAUAUGAUGAAAAUAUUAUCAUCUCAGGAUCUAGUGAUUCAACAGUCAGAGUUUGGGAUGUACAUACAGGUGAAAUGAUGAACACACUGAUUCAUCAUUGUGAAGCUGUGCUGCAUCUCAGAUUUUGUGAUGGAAUCAUGGUGACCUGUUCUAAAGACCGAUCAAUUGCUGUCUGGGAUAUGCAAUCACCUACAGAAAUUAACCUCAGAAGAGUGUUGGUUGGUCACAGAGCAGCUGUAAAUGUUGUUGACUUUGAUGAGAAAUACAUAGUUUCUGCUUCAGGAGACAGAACAAUAAAGGUUUGGAAUACUUCAACUUGUGAAUUUGUGCGCACUUUAAAUGGACACAAACGUGGCAUUGCUUGUUUGCAAUAUAGGGAAAGGCUGGUGGUCAGUGGCAGCUCAGACAACACUAUUAGAUUAUGGGACAUAGAAUGUGGGGCAUGCCUGCGAGUACUUGAAGGUCAUGAAGAAUUAGUCAGAUGCAUUCGCUUUGAUAGCAAGAGAAUUGUUAGUGGAGCUUAUGAUGGAAAAAUAAAAGUAUGGGAUCUACAGGCUGCUUUAGAUCCAAGAGCCCCAGCUGCGACUUUAUGCCUCAGGACACUUGUAGAACAUUCUGGAAGAGUGUUUCGCCUGCAGUUUGAUGAAUUUCAGAUUGUAAGUAGUUCCCAUGACGACACAAUUCUCAUCUGGGAUUUCUUAAAUGUUCCAGUGCCUGAAGGUCAAAAGUCACCACCAAGAAGUUAUACAUAUGUCACAAAAUAACGCACUACUCUUACCCAAUUGCAAUUACUGAAAUCAAUUAUUAUUCAUAUUUCUUCAGCCAUAUUUGAUUUAAUUACAAAUAUCAUGGCAGGAUGGCAGUAUUUUUACUGAAAGAACAGUACAAGAGAUAAAACAAACCAAAAAAAAUACUAAGUUUAUGAUGAUGUUGCUGUGAUCAUAUCUCUGGCAUGUCCCAGAUGUACCUGAUUUCCUCUGGAUUAUUAUGUAAUGUCUGCACAAGUUCGGGCUAUGGGGAGUAGUACAGCUAUUGUGGCCACCUUUUUUCCAUUAAUUUAUGCUUUUGCUGCUGUUAGUUUUUCUACUGUUAUAGCUCAUUUGUUUUUUUAAUUUCAGACUCAUAAAAUUGACAAAAAAAAAACCUGAAUGUUCUUAAUGAAAUUUUAGUUGCCAAGAUUAAAAUCAUAUUUUCCCCAUUUACUACACCAACAUCACCAAUGUGUACAUGCUGAUGUGAGAAUUUUUCACUAAUUUUAAAGUAAAUGAAUAUCAUGAUCCAGUUUAUCAAUCUGAAUUGGUAGAUGUAUUAAUUCUCUCAUUACAGCUUACUGGUUUCUUUACUAAAUAUAUAAAAAAAAAAACACUACCUUUUCAUUUAGUACUAGUAAAAUCAUACAUUUUUUUUUAACUAAAGUACUUGUAGUAAGAAAAUGUUUGCUGUCAUAACAAUUGUAAAUAUCUUCUGCACCAAACCAAGGAAAGAGCUACCUAGAUAGCCCAUUUGUUUAUUACAGCCAGAAAGAAUUUUGUUAUUCUUUAUGUAGUUGUUAUUAUUUAAAUAGGAGACUGAAAGGACUUAUUUAGCUACUUUGUACUGACCACAGAGACUAAAUUGUUAAGCUGUUUUGUGUGUACAUUGAUGUGAUUUUAAAAAUAGCAUGAAUCUCGCUUAAUGUUGCCUAGUUUUUAGUAUCUGCUUGCUGUAUUUGUUAAAAAAAGCUGGUAUGAAUGUGGUUAAUUUGUUACUUUUGUAUAGUAUAUUGAAAUUCCUGAUGGCUUUAGACACAAAACAUCUAAGUCCAAAUUUUUUAGUAAGCACCAUUAUUCAGAUUCUUAAAUUAGUACAAAUAUUUUUAUAUUAAAGUCAGUAGAUGUGAGGGUGUAUUUUUCAGUACAAUUAACAAUUUUAGACAUAGAUGAUUUGUGCCAUAGCCAUUCAUGUUUUACCUGUCAACUUCUAAAUGAAUGUGGUUUACAGUAUAUUUUUGAGUUAGCUUUAAAUGCAAGGGUGUCAGAUCCCUAUUAUGAAUGGUUUUAUUAUGUAAGUGUUGACCCCUGCAACUUGUGUAGCUUUUUUAAAAAUUGAAAUUGAUUUUUAAAAUGCCCUUUUAAACAUGCCUUAGAAUUGAAUGUUGGAUUCAUCAAGAUCUAUCUCAUCAGACUGCAUUCCAAACUUUCAAUAUUAUUUGUGUGAUGACUUAUGUCAGCCAUGCUAUUUUUUUUCAACCCCUUGAAUCCAAUUUAUAGAAGCUAGAUUGAUAAAUACUUCAUGUAAUCCUGCAAUGUUAGGAAUAGGAAAGCCUUAACAGAAAACAUUUAUACAGGAACAAAGUUGAUUUUGUGAAAUGGCAAAAUGUUAGUAUCUGUAAUAUAUCAUACAUUUGUUUUUAAAUUAUACAAUUAUUAUUGGAACUAAUGUAUUAUAGAUUUUAAUUAAAUCCAAGUACUGUAUGUCAAAACAAUAAAAUAUCUGCCUCCUAGUUCCUCUGACACCUCUCUGUUUAAGAAAAUGAACAUGGCUGCAGGAAUAUUUGGCUAUGUUAAUAUAAAUAUGUAUUGCUAAAAAUAUUAUUUGCCCCAUUGCAGUUUCAUCUAUCAUUAUCAUUUGUAAAAUAAACCACUAAUUUACUAAGAUUUGAUGGUAUGAUUGUUUGUGAUUUACUGCAUCCUUAAGUUGUUUUGAUGGUAUUUUUAUGUUGGCUAUUAAAUUUCUUAAUAUUA